AUGCCCAUGAAGUCAGAGUUGAAGAUUUUCGCCAAGCAGCCCAUCACCGACGAGAUGAUCGCGUUCUUGGUGGCGACGACGCUGCUGGUGAUCCAGGUGAAGCCCCUGGCCAGUUGCUCGAUGGGCGACGCCACGGUGCUGAAGCACACGGUGCUGUUGACCACCUUUAUCAAGCGGCUCAUCGCUUACUCCAACGUGCAAACGCCGACGUUGAUGGCGACGCUCAUCUACUUGAACAAGUUGCGCAACUUGCUCCCCGCCAACGCCGUGGGGAUGGAGACCACCCGCCACCGCAUCUUCUUGGCGGCGCUCAUCUUGCUGGCCAAGAGCUUGAACGACUCCUCCCCGCUCAACAAACACUGGACCAAUUACACCGACGGCCUCUUACUGUUGCAACAAGUCAACAUGGCCGAGCGCGAGCUCAUCGCCCUCUUGAACUGGGACAUCACCAUCAACGAGGACGAGUUGGUGGCAGCGCUCCAGCCGUUUUUGCUCGGGAUCCACCACAAGUUGCAGCGCCAGCAAUUGGCCGAGCAAGAGAAGAAGGCGCUGUUCUACCGGUUGUCGACCGCCCACCGCAAGCCGCUGUCGAACUCGAGCAUCCUGACCUGCGCCCUGCUGCUGCUGGCGUCGCUGCUGCUGCUGCUGUACUCGCUCAACCUGCUGCCGUCGCUGGGGUUGUCGCUGAUGCUGCUGUUGCUGCUGCUUGUCGACGACGCCGCCUACGUCCUCACCUACCCGGGGCGCAAGCUGGUGGCGCCGGCGCCGGCGCCGGCGCGGCCGCUGCGGGUGCUGUUCCCGCUUAAAGUGUUGAACACUCGCGCCUAA